AUGAAAAACAAAUUUGACCUGGACUUAAAUGUACUCUGUAGGCUUUGCCUGCACAAAGGGGCCGAACUGCGUUCGAUUUUCGAUUGUGAUUUUUCUUACCGCAUCGAGUCAUGUGUGGGAAUAGUAGUACGGCAGUGUGAUCUGGGCCCAUCUUACAUUUGUGUUGAAUGUUUAAGUAAUUUAGAAAAUUGGGAAGAAUUUAAACAAAAAUGUAUCUCUUCCAAUGAAUGUAUUCAAAACUGCAUCAAGCAGUUUGAAAAACAAAAAUUAAAUUUGACUGUAGAUAAUUCUAUUAAGCUUGAAGAUCAACUAGAAAUAGAAAUAGAACAUGAAGAUAAUCACGACAGUACGUUCAACUACGAAUUUAACAAUCAAGACUCUGAUAAUGAUUCAUCAAAAUCUAAGUCGCCCAUUUCACUAACAACACGAGAAGUCUACUUGAGAGCUGUUAAAAAAGAAGGGAAGACCUUUGAAGUGGCAAAUACUAAAACAUCUAAUAAGAAAAAACGUCACGAGUGUGGAAUGUGUUCCAUACAUUUCACUGAAAAAGAAACACUGUACAACCAUUUAAUAGAUUUCCAUAAAUUAGAAGAGAAUAACACCCCACAUUACUGUCUAAUAUGCAAUAAAGGAUAUUGUAGUUAUAAAAUAUAUCAAAAUCAUUGGACUACUGAACAAGAUAUUCAUGGAUCCAUUCAAAUUCAGGAUAAAGUCAAAAACUGUACAAUUGGUUGUGGACUAUGUUCUUGUAAAUUUAGCCGGUCGACCAGUCUCUAUCGUCAUCUCAGAAAUCAUGCAUUGAAGAAGGACCUUAUGCCUCAUUUGUGUUCAUUUUGUCAGGUGGGAUUUAUUGACACAUACAGCCUUUACUUGCAUGCAUCAACCAAACAUGAUGCUGCAUCAGUCACUGUAAAUGAACCACUAAAAGAAUGUUCCGACGUGACAACUAGUCUGAAUCAAGGGGAAGAAUUAUGUGGCAAAAUGACUAUUCCCAAUGACAAUAAGUUUGAAAUCACUACCAAGCGUAAAAUCAAAAAGCUCAACACGCUGGAGGACAAGCGAGCAAAGUAUCGAGAACACUACAGGCGGUUCCAGUCAAAGACGUACUCGUGCGAAUUCUGCAAUGUCGCCUAUUCACGGUUUUGCGACCUGUUCAACCACGAUCGUACCGCCCACGACGACAUGCCCAAGGAGUUCAGCUGUCCCACUUGCGGCAAACUGUUUCUGACAGACAGCCGGCUACAAAUACACCGGAACGCGUUCCAUGCCGAGAAGGCGUUCAGCUGCGACAUGUGCAACGUUCGGUGCAAGUCUAAGCAUACGUUGCGCACACAUAUGCGUAAGCACAGUGGCGUGUUCACGUGCACACACUGUGGAUUAACAACGGCCAGCAAUGCUGCGCUCAUAUCUCAUGUGCGCAUACACACCGGCGAGAAGCCGUUUGUGUGCGACCUGUGCGGUAACUCAUACACAUCUAAGUUAGGACUCACGUCGCACAAGCGCACCCACCAGCAGGAGGCGCUGUUCAAGUGCAACGUGUGUGGGUACACGGGCUCCAGCCAUAGUUCUAUAUACAUACACAGACAGACCCACAACGCAGAUAAGCCGUUUGUGUGCGACGUAUGCGGCAAGACGUUCAAGAUCAAAGUACGGCUGGUUGACCACCAAAAGAUACACUUUGCUUCCAAGGACUAUGUGUGCGAGGUGUGUAACAAGGCGUUCCUGGCCCGGUACCAGCUGGUUCAGCACUCGCGCACUCACUCUGGCGAGAAACCAUUCCAGUGCCAUUUGUGCACCAAGGCGUUUGCCCGGCGGGACGGGCUGUCCGAACACAUCAGGACACACACAGGUGAGAAAAGAUAUACGUGCACGGAGUGCUUCCGCACGUUUUCGUUCUACAAGAGCAUGAAGAAUCACAAGUGCUCAGUAGUUACUGGCAGUGGUGACGAUGACGACAGCGAUGUGGAUGAUGUCAUCUGUACUGAGAGGGUAGAAACAACUACAGAUCCAAUGCCUGCCACCACAUUGCAAAAGACUACCGAACCAAACGCGUCCACGUUGGACCAGUCUGGAGCCGACAACAGCGGCAGUGGUGUUCCAGCUUUUCCCGUCAGCUGCAAUUUAUCCAACGGCUGGACACCCAAUUAG